UUCCAACUUAACGAAAGCGCAGUAAUGGAUAAUCAAAAAUACCUUUUUGUCUUAAUGUCACUUUUCUAUAUUGUAUGUUUGGUUAAUGGACAAAGUGCACAAAAUCUCCCCGAGAUGCCGAAUGCAGGAUCUUUUCCUCAUUCGUUUCCUAGCAAAAAACUCGGCGGAGCAUCAAAAAAUGCGCCCCAACCUUCUACGCCUGGUGGAGAAAAUAACAUGAAAGCACCACCCAAUCCAGCAGAAGCUAUGCUGCCGCAUAGUCAAGCAACGAAUCAACCAGCUGUAGAUACUACAUCACAACAUACACAACCAAAAACAGCCUCACCACCGAAAACUUCUGUGGCGACUACUUCGAGUGCACCUAAGCCUUCGGGUAGUGCGACAACGUCGUCAUCUAAUUCACAUGUCAUAAAUGGUAUUGGUUUAUAUUUAAUGUUCGCUAGCGGUGUGAUUGGUAUUUUUGUAUUGUUGGGUAUUCAUUCCAUUUGA